GGGUUCAAUUCACCUUGCUCGUGCCGCUUUCGCCGACAGACUCUUGACACGACACUCUAUCCACCGGGUCACCGUCGGCAUAUAUCCUCUCCCUCACCGUCGUAACUUUUAAUAAAGAAUGAUCGUCGCGCCGUUCUUCGAAUCACAGCACAUCCGUCACAAUCGUUCUCACCAUCGACUGCCUUGUCGCCCACGCUCGUUGCAACAACAUCCACCUCAUAUCAACAAACACAAGUAAUCCCACACGGUCGUUUCCAUCAUCCCCAGCAACGUGACCGGCGAGCGCCCUGAUCGACAGUCUCAAAUAUCUUCGGCCGGCGACAUGGCUAAACCUACUCCGCAAUGGCACUCGCCUACCCGACAGACACCGAUUCGAUUUCACUUCUCCGCACCAAGCGCGUCCUCAAGAUCUAGCAACAGUCCCAGAAACAGCAGCAUUCGAAACAGUCCCUACAGCAGCCAUCUCUCCUCCCCGUCGCCCGACAGCCCAGAUCAUGACCGGCGCCUAUCCACGAACUCCACCUCGACAACAACAUCCUCCACCUCAUCAUCAAGCGCCACCUCCACAGCGAAACAGCAACAACAACAGCAACUCUUCACCCACAUCCGCCACAAAUUCCAACAGGGCCUGCACACCCUCGAGGACCUCCAGGUUUUCCUGGAAGUCACCAUCAAAUCGACCUGCCCUCCCCCACCGUGCUCAACGAACAAACCCUCCCCCUCCUCGACCCUCCAUCUGAGCGGCAACGGCGCCAAACAGUCCCACCGCACCGCCACCGCCGACGCCCUCCGGCCCCACCAGCCCUCCGUGCGGAACCUACUCAGCAACAUGAUCAUCAUGGCGAAAUGGCUCGUCGAAUACCUGCACACCGCCGAGCGCGAAGACGCCUUCGGCGGCGGCGGUGGCUUUCCCGCCGACGAUUCCGCCGGGACCUUCCCUCCGAGAUCCUCGAGCACAGCGGCCGCCGUACAAUCUCCAUACUCUUCCGCUUCAUCUUCCCCGGACCGUCCGACGCGACUGAGCAGUCCCCGCAAGACCGCCCGCGCCGGUGCCUGUGGCGGCAGCGCGGCGGCGCGCGCACACGCCGCGGCCGUGCAGGAACUGCGGUCGGAGCUGCACUGUUACUCCUGGAGGGUGAUGCGGAUCACGACGAUCCUGAAGGAAUGGCUGUGAGAAGGAAAUCCGGGAAUCGAUGGAUUUGGGGGAUGGAGAGUGGGAUGUCUCCAUUUCGGAGCCGUGGAUGAGGGACGAUGGUGUUUUCUCUCCUUUUUUCCCCGAUCAUCGAUUUUUCUUGGUCUCUGGGCCUCGGGCACUCUC